AACAAUGAUAGCUCUGUUGCUGCUGGCGCUGGCUGCUCACUCCUUUGCUGUGCCUCUGCCUUCAGAGGACAAAGACGACUUGCUGUUAGCAGAGAAGUACCUCCGUCGGUUCUAUGGCCUUCCAGCUGGUCUCCAAGGUCGACAGAGGUCGUCAGUUGCCUUUCAAAGCAAGAUCAAGGAGAUGCAAAAAUUCUUCAAACUCAAGGUGACAGGAAAUCUGGAUGACAACACUUUGGAUCUGAUGAAACAGGCCAGAUGUGGCGUCCCAGACAUCGGGGAGUACAACCACUUCCCUAGAAACCUCAAAUGGCAAAAUAAUGAGGUCACAUUUAGGAUACUGAAUUAUACACCAGAUCUAAAGAAGACUGAUGUGGACAGAGCUGUCCGCAACGCACUCAAUGUUUGGUCUGAUGUCACCCCUCUGACUUUUAAGAAGCUGCAUCAGGGCAAUGCUGACAUUAUGAUCAGUUUUGGAUCAAAAGAGCAUGGAGACUACAAUCCUUUUGACGGGCCUAAUGGAUUGCUUGCUCAUGCCUACCCACCCGGCCAAGGCAUCGGAGGCGACACUCACUUUGAUGAGGAUGAACACUGGACCAAAGACUCAUCAGCUUACAACCUGUUUAUAGUGGCGGCCCAUGAGUUGGGCCACGCCCUCGGUAUGUCCCAUUCUGCAGACCCGGGUGCCCUCAUGUACCCCGUCUACUCAUACACUACAGGCUACCCGCUGGCUGAGGAUGACAUUGAAGGCAUUCAAGCUCUCUAUGGCCCAAACCCAAACCCAAGGAAAGUGAAGCCAAAGCCUGACGCACCAAACAAAUGUGACCCCAUGUUAAGUUUUGAUGCCGUCACAGAGCUCAGAGGGGAAACCAUCAUCUUCAAAGACAGGUUCUACUGGCGUCUGCAUCCUCAAAUGCCGGAGCCUGAGCAGACACUGAUCAAGUCAACAUGGCCGUCCAUCCCUAACAAGGUGGACGCAGCAUAUGAGAACCCAGAGAAGGAUGUAGUCAUGAUAUUUAGCGGGAUCCGAAUGUGGGCUUUGAAUGGAUAUAACCUUGUGGAUGGUUAUCCAAAGUACAUACACAAACUUGGACUUCCUAAGAAGAUAAGGAAAAUAGAUGCUUCUGUGUACAUCAGAGACACUGGGAAGACUCUGCUUUUCACUGAUGAGGACUAUUGGAGCUAUGAUGAGGCAACAGGCACGAUGGAUAGCGGAUACCCACGAUCCAUUGAGGAGGAUUUUCCUGGGAUGGAUGACGAGAUCGACGCGGCUAGUUAUCACUAUGGAUACUUGUAUUUCUUCCACGAACAUAUGCAGUACGAGUACAGCUACACCUCAAGGAAGGUCAUUCGCAUCAUGAGGACCAACUCAAUUCUCAACUGCUGAUGAAGAAAUCUGUAACUGUCAGCGAUGGCUUGAACGUAUAUGUGGCUUUAUUGUAUGAACAGGGAAAUGGGUAUGUGUAGGUUUAACCUGUUAAAGUUAAAAUUAAGGAAAAGUGUUUAUUUUUAUUAGUGCUGGACACAUGUAGGUCAUGCAGUCUAAUCUGUCAGACACAGAA